AUGCAUCAAUUGAAGAGGCCAUCACAUUCAUACGAUGAGGAUGCCACAGGCUGUAUCUACGAAGUUCUUGAGAAGAUGAUUACUUCGCGCGACAAAUCAACGAGAACACCGUCUUCCUCGCCUCCUCCUGCCUCGACUCCGUCACCCAUUGGCGAGUGUUCCAAUCUUGAUUUGAAUCAACUAAAUGGAUCCGUCAAAAGAAGGUUGUCCUUUAGCCCCACCAUGCAAGAGAGCGAGCGGGGAUCUAAUGCGGAGAACGAGGCUCCUUUUGUGCCCAAAUUGGACUUCUCACUACUAUCAUCCAUCGAACACUCGUCACCACCGAUACCAACUAUUACCCAUAUGGACUCCAACGCUUUUGAACGCUCUCUGAGACUCGGAUCGCAAUGCCAUCGGUGCCCUCCUCGUGAAGGUUCUCUUAAUGCCUCUGAUUUUUAUAUUGAUCUCACUGACUCACUUGGGAUUGAAUUAAUCCUUUUGGGUUUGUUAGUUGAACCAUUGUUUUAA